CUACAUUCGUUGUGUGGAUUUGAAGCUGAGCAAAAAUGAAAUUCUUCAUCGUUCUCGCCCUUGUGGCAGUGGCCAGUGCCGAUGUAUCGCAUCUCUUUUCGCAUAGCAACAACCUUCAAGAGGAUGGCUAUCACUAUGGUCCCCCAUCUCAUCCUGUGGUGAUCGAUGUGCCAUAUGUGCCACAGCACAGUGUGCCCAAAGUGGUCUACACUCCACCCCCACCACCACCGCCAGUUGUCAAGAAGAUCUACACUCCUCCCCCACCACCACCACCACCAGUAGUUAAGAAGGUCUACACUCCUCCUCCACCACCACCACCACCAGCUGGUAUCCUGAAGGAUGAUGGUUAUCAUUACGCCGAGCCUACCGUCAAAUUCGAAACUGUGGUAAAGACACCCCCUCCACCACCACCCCAACCAACCAAGCCUAAUAUCGAAUAUUUGCCUCCUCCAACCAAGCAUGUCCCUCCCCCACCACCACCACCACCACCAACCAAGAAGGUUAUCUACACUCCACCUCCACCACCCCCACCAAAACCAGUUCCAGAAUAUCUGCCCCCUAAGAAAGUAGUCUACACUCCACCCCCACCACCACCACCACCACCAACCAAGAAGGUUAUCUACACUCCACCUCCACCACCCCCACCAAAACCAGUUCCAGAAUAUCUGCCCCCUAAGAAAGUAGUCUACACUCCACCCCCACCACCACCACCACCACCAACCAAGAAGGUUAUCUACACUCCACCUCCACCAAAACCAGUUCCAGAAUAUCUGCCCCCUAAGAAAGUAGUCUACACUCCACCCCCACCACCACCACCACCACCAACCAAGAAGGUUAUCUACACUCCACCUCCACCACCCCCACCAGUGGUCUACCAUCCGGAGCCUUCCAACAAAAUUGUGGUUGCCCAUCAAGGUUAUAGCUACCCCAACGAUCCCCAGCCAUCUUUUGAAUAUUAA